AUGGCGGCUCCUUUUCCAUCCCCCACAAAAAAAUGGCACUCAAAUAUAUACCAGUCCAUAUCUCCCACGCGUCUAGAGCUGUCUGCAAAAGGCAAAACUGUGAUAGUGACAGGAGGGGGCACUGGCAUUGGUGCAGAGACCGCUCGUUACUUCGCCCAAGCAGGCGCAUCUCGAAUCGCCAUCCUUGGCCGUAGGGAACAGCCCCUUCUCGACACCAAAGCCUUGAUUGAACGUGAGUCGGCUGGAGUAGAGGUAUUUGCAGCCUCCACCGAUGUCACGAACAAGACCGAAGUAGACACGGCUUUUUCGAAGUUUGUUGGCGACGGGAAAAUCCAUGUCUUGGUUAGCAACGCUGCUAUUAUUGGCCCCCAGGAUUCUGUUAGAGAUGCGGAUGGAGAGAAGUUUCUUGAUGCCAUUCACAAAAACCUCAAGGGGACGUUAAAUGUUGCGCAGGCAUUUCUUCGCUACGCUGCACCGGAUGCUGUCGCCAUUGAUGUUAAUUCAUCUGCUGCACAUGUGAAUUUUGCCCCCGGUUUUGCUUCUUAUAGUGUAGCCAAAUUGGGAGUGUUUCGUCUUUGGAACUCGCUGGGAUUUGCACACCCGGAAAUGAGCAUCUUUCACAUUCAGCCUGGCGUGGUUGACACUGCGAUGAACAAGGAAGCAGGAGGUGUUGCUGCUAUGGGUUUCUCAGAUGACGUUUCUUUGCCAGCGAGCUUCAAUGUUUGGCUCGCAAGCCCAGAAGCAAGGUUUUUGAAGGGAAAAUACUUGUGGACAAAUUGGGAUGUAGAUGAGCUUAAGGCUCAAGCGAAAGAGAUUGAAGAGAGCGGACAACUUAGCAUAGGACUUGGAGGGUGGCCGUUUGGGAAUUCCGAGUGGAAAUCUAAUUGGAAUUCUCCUACUGAUUCUUAA